UAAUUAGUUGUUCAAUUUUAUUGAAACAAAGGUUCUCACUAGAGAUUUUAUUCGAUUUUUGUUGAUCAACUGCGAUCGGUCAACUAAACUUGACUCAUGAGAACGCGCCUUUACAAUCAUCGUGGCGCGCGUGUUGUUCGCUCGUCCCGCCGUCCACGCGCGACAGUCAUUCGUACAGCGCGCGGUGCGGAGCCUCCGCCGUCGGUAGAUCAUUUACGAAUUAAUUCGUCGCCGAGUGUAACGAACACCCGUACGGCCUCGAAAUCGACACCGUCGUGCGGCUAGAACGAAACCAAUGAAAAAACUCGGGGGGGGACUUUAAACGCAACCGAACCACUCCGGACACGUAGCCCGGUUGUAACGCGAAAAACGUCGUCAUUGCCACUCGUCGCGAGCACCGAACUUUUCGUUCCUGUUGACCUGUGCGCGUCGCUUGUCGCUUUCGUCCGCACCUCUGUACGACGAAUCUUCACAAAAACGCCACAGGCUUCUUACGUUCCUAAAAUGUCGAGAAUUAUCAUGCUGGUGAAAGACACGUUUCGGAAGUAUCCGAUGGUUGCCAACUCGACGGUUUACGGUACAAUGUGUGUCGGCGCGGAAUUUUCACAGCAAAUAUUGACUAAACGGAUAUUGAACAAAACGGAGCCACCGCAACCGAUUGACACUGAUGUAUUGGGACGGUACGCUAUUGUGGGUACUUUGAUCAGUCCGAACAUAUUAUACUUUUGGUAUAAAUGGCUUGACAAAACUUUUGUGGGUACAGCACCGAAAAUAAUUGUUAAGAAGUUGUUAAUCGAUCAAUUCAUCAUGACCCCACCGUUUUACGUAGUGUUCUUUGUCGCUAUGAGUUUCCUAGAGGGUAAAAAAGAUCUACUGGAAGAAUGCAAGCAGAAGUUUGUUCCUACAUUCAAAACAAGUUGUGUGUUUUGGUUACCAGCACAAGCUAUUAAUUUCAUGUUGGUGCCGCCACCAGCUCGAGUGAUUUAUGUUGGAAUGUGUUCAUUUAUAUGGAUUAAUAUGUUAUGCUAUAUUAAACGAAAUGAUUACAAUACGAUCAAAGAAGAAUAGUACAAACGCACAAAACCUGGUAACAAGUACCAAACACCUCUCAUAUUAUGUGUUCAUAAUAUUUUUACUAUUAUUAUAUUAGUAUUCAAGUUGUUAUUA